UUCGGAAAACAAGAGUGGGUUUCCAUCAAAGUACGAGCUGUUUUUAAAAAUUAAAUGCAGAUGGCUUCCAAAUUGAAUACAGAAUUAUUUGAACAACAUAAAGAAUGGUGUCUAGAUAUGAUUGACACCAUAAAAUGCAGAAAAUCCCGUCCCAAUUUUGAAAGAAUCGCUCACAUGUUGAACCGCAGCUAUGGCCUUACAACAGAUGAAACAAACGAAUGUUUACAAUCUCUUAUAGAAGAAGAAAGAGUACUCCGAGUGAAGUUUAAGGAUGAGAUAAGUUACAGAAAAAGCCAAAAUGGUAGAAGCAGGAAGUCACUAGAUUCAGGUCCUCAGACUACAAGUGACAGAAUAAUUUCAGCUAUCACUUUACUCAAUCAUGAGUCAGGGGCUGGUGUUUGUUUUGAGAAUUUGCAAGCUUGGCUUAUAUCAAAAAACCCUGAGACAAGAUUAGUUAAAAACAGACUUGAAAUUGCACUGAAAAAAGAAAUUGAUGCAAAAACAGUUAUAAAACUUGAAGACGGCAGUUAUGUUCUUCCAGAUAUUUCUUCAAAAUCUGACGAAGACAAGAGUUCAAUGGAAAAUAUAAAGACAGAAGUCAAAGUUGAAAAAGAGGAAACACACAAUGGAGAAGUUGAUAAUGCAACAGAUGAAAUACCAAUGAGACAGAAACAUAAAACACCAAAACAGCAGGCGAAAGAAAUUAUGUGUUUUAAUGGCAAGAGUUCAAGUUCAGCUGUUAAGACAGAAUUGAAUGAAAAGGAAAGUGGAAGUGUGAAAAGGGGAAGGCCAUUAUCAAAAAGAAAGAAAUUCAAAAAGACGCAUGGUCCAGAUUUUGAAGAAAGUACCUUGCAGUUAAAGCGUGUUUUAAGCCGAGAUGGAAAAGAAGAUGCGACCUGUGGUUUUUGCUCUGGCACAGCAUUCUCCAACAAAGAUGGAAGGGAGGAGACACUGCUUACUUGUAAAGAUUGCAGCUCUAGAGCGCACCCAUCCUGUAUGGACUACAGUGAGGAACUAGCCAAUCGAGCACUCCACUCCCCCUGGCAAUGUAUGGACUGUAAGACGUGCUGUAUAUGUGACUGCGUGGAAAAUGAGGACUACAAUGCGGAUGAUCUGAUUCUGUUCUGUGAUGCCUGUGACAAAGGCUACCACAUGAGCUGCCACAAACCAGCUGUUGUUUCCAAGCCCAAAGGAAAAUGGGUAUGUCACAGAUGUAGACUGGAUCAGAAGCAUAUGGCAAAGAAUGGGAGCUUGUCGGGGUCAAGGAGAGACUCAUUGAACCCAGGGGAUGUUAGUGAUGAGGAUGAAAGUGUUGCCUCCAGUGUAGGGAGAAAGCGUAAGGCCAGCCCGGAUGGACUGGAGGUCUCAGUUAAACGUUCAAGGUCCUCUGCGUCUGGGUCAUCAUUUGGGAAGGAAGACCUGUUCAACACUUACACAGACGGCACUGUUGGGGCUCCUUGUCUGCCAACACCCUGUGCAUCCCCCAGGCCUGGAGAUACCUUUGACUAUGAGAUGAAGAUGUCGUUGCUAGGCAAUCAGUUCCCUGUUUCCCAUGACAACACAGAGUAUGAAGAUGCCUCAAACUGGUCUGUCAACGAGGUGGUACAAUUCUUCAGAGACAAUGGCUUUCCUGACCAUGCCUAUGUAUUCGAGAAACAAGAGAUAGAUGGUCCAUCGUUGCUGCUUAUGAAGAGGAAUGAUGUCCUGACUGCUCUCAACCUUCGUCUUGGACCAGCCCUGAAAAUCUACCAGAAAGUCGUUAGAAUCCAGCAAUGUAGCCAAUCAUCUGUGCUCACUUGAUAAUAGACAAGUGUAUAAAACAGUGUAAUGUGUUGUUCUUAAAUUUCAAACUUACCUAGAUUAAAAAAAAAAAUUGAUUCUCAUACAUCAUGGAUCCUGUUACAAAAAAACAAUUUGGACUUCUUGGAAUGUUGUUAAAAGUCACUGGAUCUGUGUACCACAGUUUAAACAUCAUGGAAACAUUUAUCAAUCAAGGACUUAAAUUAAAUUCCACCCACCCAUCUUAUUUGUAUUUAAAACUCCAAAUAUUCUCUGGCCUCUGGCUUAUGAUCUCAUUUUUGGCAUGGUGUAUUGUUGUUGCUUAUUUUGCUUAUUUAUGCCGUGGAGGAAAGUUUGGUAGAGCAUUUUCAUCAUCAUCAUCAUCAUCAUCAUCAUCAUCAUCAUCAUCAUCAUCAUCAUCAUCAUCAUCAUCAUUGUCAUCAUCAUCAUCAUCAUCAUCAUCAUCAUCAUCAUCAUCAUCAUCAUCUAAAGGACUUUCAUAUGAAAUUAAACCUAUUAGCAGUCUACUUAUGUACUAAGUAUGUAUCCAUGCUGUAGGUAUGUUGUUAAUAUUUCAAUUUCGAGGCAAGAUUGGCCAUGAUAAUGUGUUACACUUAUAUACUAAUAUACAAAUUUUGUGACUUAAGUUUAAAUUUGAUGAUUUUCUGCUGUAAAAACAUGAUGUUUUGCUCAAUGUUUAGAAGUUAGAUAGCGGUAAUUGUAUAUUGUACAUGUUCAUAAAAAUACAUUUCUGUGUUCUAAGGUCAGAUUGUUGUGCUUGAAAUUGGUUAAAAUGGUAUGGUAUCACAUGUGUUUAAAAUAAAAUCAUAAUUUCUGGCUACAGAGACUACCAAACCCCUUUGUAACAGUUAGUUACAGUCAGUGCAAAGUGCCAUGCAAAUGCCUUUAUGGAAGCAAGUGUGAAUGCGUAAACAUCUAAAUAACACAUGGCUAAAUGGAAACUGGGCAGUUUUGUAAUCUGCCUAAAGGAAUUUGGGUAGCCAUAGCUCUUCCAUUAGGAUGAAGUGUGAAUCUGUCCGGUCAUCCAUUUGGCAGAGCCAUUAGUUUGAACACUAAGAGUAUUAAUGCAGGUACCAGCAUGAUGACGCCGAUCAUUUUGUUUGAUUUGUUUACAUCAAACUAAUUUAUAUUUAAGUCAAAAAUGAAGGUGUAAUUGAAUGCUGUUACAAAAAUUGAAUAAAGAAGUACGGCACUGCAGAAAUUCUAUUAUAUUAGUUUGGGUUGCUCUAAAAAAUGUAGACAAAGACAUGAGUGAUGAAUGAUAAGUCUCCAAUCAUGAUAGAAGUUACUGUUCAGAAAGCCUUAAGGUGGUCAAUAAGAUGUUGACUAAAUUCCACUGAUAUGAACAAAAAAUAAUCUGAAAAUUGAUCAUACAAAUAAACAUUACCUGGUUAAAAACCAGAUUUUUUUUUUAAUUUAAUGGGUAUUGAUUGUCCCAAUUUACAAAACACGUAAUUGAGACUAUGGAAGUCCUUGUUCAAUAAGGCAUGAUUUUGAACACUAAAAAGCAAACAAAGCGUUGUCUUCAUUGUGGGUCCUGUUUCAUAUAGUCCUCUUAUUAUUUUUUUGUUUUCGUCUGUUUUGAAAUUUUACAGGUACGGUAUUGAUCAAUAUAGGUCACAGGUUAUUUUUAAUCAUUCAAUAGUUGAAUCAUUGAUAAAGUUGUUAUUCAAAUCUACUUAAUAUUACCCCCGAGACCCUCAUGCAAUGCUGUUGAUGACUAGCAAUCUGAUUAAAAUACUUUUGUAAAUAUAUGCCCUCUGCAUUACGGCAAGCAAGGAAAAUUAUGCACUUCAGUCAGAUAAGAUGGCUUCAAAGUGAAUUGUUUUAUAAUGUUUACUCAAAACAAGAUUACAUUUUCAGCCAAUGAUAAUGAAGAUAGGCAAUUAUAAAUACUAGGCUUAAUCAUUAAGAUACAUACUCCCUGAGUCGGAUUUUGCGUUGACAAUGUGUCAGCCAAUGAGGUUAUAUUCUAAGACAGUUAGAUGACCUAGAGGAAUAUUAUUAUUAUUUCAAGAAAGGCUCGUUAGCUAUGCAUGCUUACUCUGCCCAUACUUAAUCAUUAAAAUAUUACUUCAUGUCAUUUACUAUUACCUGAAUAUGUGUUGAUAUUUUGUUCAGUUUACUUGCAAAGGUGUUUUGGGCUCAUAACCAUACAGGGCACCACUGCAACUGUUAUCAGUGUUUACCUCACACAUCAUUUUGUGUACUUUUUUAACUUCAGCGCUGUAUGCAUGCACUGUACUAACCAAAUGUGAACCUUCCAACACUUGCAUUGUAAAACAAAGAAACUACUAAUUAAGUGUCAUGCAUUAGAUAUUUGUGUACUGUCUACUGUUUAUUGUGAUAUACAUGUUAUACCCGGUACACAAAAAUGUAUUAGAUAUUAAAACAUAUCUAA